AUGUCGGAAAAGGAGCAAACCAUCGUUGACCCGAAACAUAAUGGCGGGAAUGUUAGCGUCAGCGACGGCGAUGCUGCCUUGCAGUUUCUUAACAAUGGCACGGCGACAGUCAUGACAGAGGCCGACGAGAAGCGACUGCUUAGGAAGAUUGACCGCACCAUUAUGCCUCUGAUGUUCGCGUGCUAUUUUCUGCAAUACCUCGACAAGACCCUCAUCAACUAUGCCAACGUCAUGGGGCUGCAAAAGGACACGGGCAUCAACACAGAUCAGUACUCACAGCUGGCCCUCAUCUUUUACGUCUCGUACCUCGUUUUCGAGUUCCCCACCGGCUACCUGAUGCAGCGACUCCCAACAUCCAAAUACCUCGGCUUCAACGUCUGCGCUUGGGGCAUGAUGGUUGCGUGCACCGCGGCGGCGAACAGCUGGGCGGGACUUGUGACCCUGAGGGUGCUGCUGGGCUGCUUCGAGGCCGUCGUGGCUCCCUCGCUGAUCCUCAUCACCACCAUGUGGUACCGCAAGUCGGAGCAGCCUCCACGCGUGGGCUUGUGGUACGUCGGCACGGGCAUCGGCAAGAUGGUGGGCGCCUUGACGUCUUUUGGGUUCCAGCACUACACCGGCAACGUCAUGCGGUCGUGGCAGAUCAUGUUCCUCGUGUUUGGACUGAUAACAGUCGCCGUCGGGAUCCUGGUCGUGCUCUUCAUGCCGGACAGCCCCAUGAAGUCACGACUGACCCAAGAAGAAAAAGUCUGGGCGAUCGAGCGGCUCAGAGGCAACAAGACGGGCGUCGAAAACAAGCACCUCAAAAAGUACCAGGUGUAUGAGUGUUUUCGAGACCCGCAGACUUUUCUGCUCGUCUUGAUUGUCCUUUCGUCAAACAUACCCAACGGCUUCAUCAGCAGCUACCAGGCGUCUGUCAUCCAAAGCUUUGGUUUUACCUCCAAGCAGGCUGCCUUGCUGUCUAUACCCUCGGGUGCCGUUGCCUGCUUCGCCACAAUCACCGGAACCUGGUUUGCCGGGAGAUUCAACCUUAGGGGCCCCUUCAUCCUUGCCACUCUCGGAAUGGGCUUUCUUGGCAGCAACCUCAUGGCAUUCCUGCCAGAGGAUGGCUAUGUUGUCGGAAAGAUGAUCGGCAACUACUCGGCCAAUUUCAUCGGCUCCUCCCUGCCCCUGAUGUACUCGUACGCCGGGGCCAACUACGCCGGCCACACCAAGAAGGUUACCAUGAAUGCCAUUGUACUGAUAUCAUUUUGCUUGGGCAACAUUAUCGGCCCCUUGACAUUCCGCGAGCAGGACAAGCCGCGCUUCAUCCCGGCCAAAAUCGCCAUGGUCGUGACCACGGCGUUCGCCGCUCUGCUGACCGUCGUCCUCAUGCUCUACUACAGGUGGGAGAACAAGAGGCGGGACCAAAAGUACGCGCACGAGGCCCACAGGGAGAACAGCGAGUUUUUUGACCUCACGGACCGCGAGAACCAUGAAUUCAGGUACGUCCUGUAG